AUGUCACAGAGCGGCUACCCGUCUGCGAUGCGUUCUGUAUUGCCACCGGCACAACGCACUGGAGAGGGCCCUGCCUCGCCCCGUGAUGAAUCUGCCGUCUGCUCUGGGACUCGUACUCACGCAGCACGACCGGAUGACGGCACCAACUAUCCAGCUCGCUCCGCGAACUUCGACCGACAAGGUUCUCACGUAUCUUACCAUGAGACAACGGAUGGGCGCGCGGCUCAGGACGGUCUUCUGCAAAGGCAGACUGCCGCCAACUCCCACCUCCAGACGGGUAGGGUGCACACCGACAGAGGUGCACCGGAUGCGGGCGACCACCAUCGAUCUCGCAUGGGCAGAGCGUACACGGCGCCCGAGAGUGAUCGCCGCCACGCUGGCACUCAAGGUCUUCCGGAAGCUUAUGGCAGCCGUCACCCUCGUCCGGAGGCAAACGUGUACCCUGUGCGCAGGACCACCGACCAUGAGUUGAACGCCGUACCGGCCGCUGCUUCCAGGCAUGGCUCUCAACCUGAACCAAGAAUGGGGGAAGAGCGCCGCCGCGAGGAUGGACAUCAUCAAUAUGUACCCCCAGCCCAAAGCAACAUCGACUCCCAUCAUAUCUCAGGAUACGGACAGCCGUCUUCUAUUGACAGCAAUAAUGCGAGGAAGAGGACGUCAGUAUCCACAUCUGCCGUACCCGCGCAUAGUUCGCGACCUGAGACAUCGAGGGACGAAGAGCACCGUCGCGAAGGCCGUCGUCGGGAUGCACCUCCGGGUCAGGGGAACCCCAGUUCUGGCAAUGCCCCAGGGUACAGUCAGUCGCCCCCAGCUAGCGAUUACUAUUCGAAGAAGAGGGCUUCGGAGGCUUCCCCUACGCAGCAGUCUAGUCACUUUCAGGCGGGCGCUCGACCGCCCCUAGAACCCUACGCAGCGGGGAAAGCAGGCAUAUACGCGCCUCCCGCUAGCUCUGGACACGCGCAGUUUGUCCCGCAGAGCAGCGCAAUCUCUACGAGCGUUGCCAGGCAAAACGACUACGAAGGCCAUCAUCGGCCAGAUGAUCAGGCCCGUUACGCCGCCGAGCCUCAGGGGAGGCCUCUAGCGCCCUCUGCUGUCCCUCCAAGCCAGCAAUCCCGCCGUACUGUGUCCCAGGAGCCAACCGUAGACCAACUGCGUUCCAGAAACAAGUCCAGAACGUAUGAUAACCAGGGCGGGGCGACUAAAGAGCCUGGGCCCACAGGGGGUUCACAUGCGUAUUAUUCUCCAGAUGCAGCACUACCUUCGGGGGAAGGCCAUCAUCGGCCAGAUUAUCAGGCCCGUUACGCCGCCCAGCCUCAGGGGAUGCCUCUGGCGCCCUCUGCCGUCCCUCCAAGCCAGCAAUCCCGCCGUGCUGUGCCCCAAGAGCCGACCGUGGACCAACUGCGUUCCAGGAACAAGACUAGAACGUAUGCUAACCAGGGCGGGGCGACUAAAGAGCCAGGGCCCGCAGGGGGUUCGCAUGCGUAUUAUUCUCCAGAUGCAGCACUACCUUCAGGCUCGCCAGGCGACCUACGACCCGCUCAAGGAGCGGCACAACACCGCACCGCCAGUGGAGGUUCGAUGGACACUCAUAACCAAAGGUCUGAACGUGCAAUGGGUUCUCAUGCGCAUGUCGAGCAUCACCAGAUGGCCAACAAUUUCACCACCGGAGGCAAGCACACGGAAAACCAGAACCACCAGAACCAGCACCAGAGUCGGCCAGGCGAGAUAAGGAGGACCCCAAGCGCUGAACAGGCACCAUCCAGCUAUCUUCAAGGGAAUCUCGACCCUCGAGGGUUCAGUGGUCCGUCUCUAUCCCCCGUGCCGGAGAACCGUCAGUCCCGAGCACCAUCCCGUCUUCAGAUCUCAACGACUCCGACGCCUUCUAAUCCGCAGUCGGGUCAGCCUCGAGGGAAUACGAUGACACAGGGUAGCAGCUCGCAUCAUGACAGGCGCAGGGAAUCGGGGGAGUCUGAGAGUCGUAAUCCCAGGCAGGAGCCUCCCACCGAAGCGCCGCUCCCAAAGAGACGCAGGUCUUCCGCACACCGGCGUGACCCUUCUCACACGCACUCACCAGGUUCGGCUUAUCCUCCCGAACCAGAGCAUACCACUUGUCAUCCCCGGCGGAGCGACAAGAGCUCAACUUCGGCAGACAGGGAUUACUUUCCGCACACAUAUACAUCGAAGUAGGUGCAAAACUACCACU